AUGGCUAAAAGCGAAACCCAGAAUAGGAGCACUUAUGCCGUUGAUAUGGUCAAACAGUUUUCCCAGCACGCGGAUGGCAAAACCUUUCUCAUUACGGGUCCCAGUGAAGAAGGGAUCGGAGCUGAAAUUGCCCUCUCCAUUGCCUCAUCGUCAAACCCUUCAAUGAUAAUUCUUGCUGGUCGCCAAAAAACAAAAAUUCUCUCUGUCAUAUUCCUCAUUCGACAAAUGAACCCCAACAUCAAUGUUGUCUGGAUCCCAUUAAACUUACUUGACAAUGAUUCUAUCCGUGCAGCAGCAGAUGCUAUCAAGAAAUUGGAGAUUGAGAAAAUACAUGUUGUCAUCAAUAAUGCUGGAGUCAUGGGCGUACGAAACUAUACAACCUCAAAGCAGGGUGUUGAGGGUCAAUUUGCUGCAAAUUACUUGGGUCACUUUCUAUUGACCAACUUGUUGAUGGAUCGGAUUAUCGCAGCGAAAGAAGAAGAUGCAGUAAUUGUUAAUGUGGGGAGCUUGGGGUAUGAAUUGGGCGAGGUGAACCUUGAUGACGUUAACUUCGAGGCAUGGCAAACUUACAAUGCUUGGAAGGCAUUUGGACAAUCGAAGACUGCGAUGCUUCUCUGGAACAUCGCUCUAGGAAAAAGACUGGCCAAUAAAGGUGUCUCAACAUUAGUCGUGCACCCAGGAAUCACCUUCGAAACAAAAAUUCUUGAAAACUCUAGCAUUGAUCAAGAGCAGCUUGCAGAGGCGUACAAGCUCGCUACAGAGAGAGACGAGGGCAAAUCUUUCCACCCUCAGAAGAUGGUAACAAGACAAGAAGCAGCUGGGGCAGUCGUUCGUGCCGCACUGGAUCCUGCAUUCAAAGCAUUAUCUCCGGCGUUUAUCGUUGACGAGAAAGUAAAUUCAGAGCCUAGGAGCUACGCAACUAGCGAAAAAGAUGCUGAGACACUGUGGAAACUGAGCGAACAACUUGUCGAAGAAACAUUCAAUAUCUAG